UUGCAUACGCAAUUCCGAUGGACACUACGAACCUAGAAAACUGUUUUAUUCACUAUAUAUCUGCCGUUGACAGAAAUUCUCUAUCCCCCAUCUCUUUUGUUAAAGGCAGGGAACGUUCUUAGUCUGUGUCUGGAUGAGACAGAGAUGGAAAAGGAAGGAAAGAGACGGCUCCGGGUGGUGCUUGUACCGGGGCCGUUCCAAGGCCACAUAACCCCAAUGCUUCAGUUGGGCAGCAUCCUGCACUCCAAUGGCUUCUCCAUCACUGUCGUUCACGCCCAAUACAAUUCCCCUGAACCUUCAAGCCACCCUGAAUUCAGCUUUCUUCCCUUGCCAGAUACCUCAUCGGCAGUCUUAACCGGCGAGCUCAUAGCUUUUGUUUUGCAGCUUAAUACCAAUUGUAAAGCUCGCUUCCAGGAAUGCUUGGCUGAAGAGAUGAGGCAACAGGGCCCGGACGAUGGAAUCGCCUGCAUCAUCCACGAUGAGCUCAUGUACUUUUCCGAAGCAGCGGCAAAAGAUCUGACGCUUCCAAGCAUCGUCUUACGCACCAAUAGUGCUGCCAAUUUUCUUGCUCGUCAUGCCCUUUUACAACUCAAGGAAGAAGACCACAUUCCCUUUCCAGAGUUUCGAUCACAAGAUCCAGUUCCGGAGCUUUAUCCACUAAGGUUCAAGGAUUUGCCUAUUUUGGGAAAUUUAGAUAAGUAUUUGCAACUAUUAAGUAAAGCUUCCAACAUUGGAACAUCUUCAGCUAUCAUUUACAAUACAAUUGAUUGCCUUGAAAAUUCAUCACUCGGAAAAAUUCAACAGCAAUAUCAUCAAGUUCCAAUCUUCCCGAUAGGCCCUAUGCAUAGGAUUGCCUCGGCCUCCUCUAGUAGCUUAUUGAAAGAGGACACUGGCUGCAUGGUAUGGCUUGAUAAGCAGAGUUAUAACUCAGUCAUUUAUGUAAGUUUGGGAAGCCUAGCAUUCAUGGACGUCAAAGAGCUUGUUGAGAUGGGUUGGGGGCUAGCGAACAGCCAGCAACCUUUCUUGUGGGUGGUUCGGCCAGGCUCAAUUCGUGGUACUGAAUGGAUUGAGAUACUGCCCAAAAGUUUAAAAGAAAAUAUUAGAAUGAGAGGUUACAUUGUGAAAUGGGCACCUCAAAAAGAAGUUCUAGCGCAUAGUGCAGUGGGAGGGUUUUUGAGCCAUUGUGGAUGGAAUUCAACGCUUGAAAGUAUUUGUGAAGGAAUUCCAAUGAUAUGCAAACCAUGUUUCGGUGACCAAGGAGUGAAUGCAAGAUAUGUGAGCCAUAUAUGGAGAAUAGGUCUAGAAUUAGAAAGUAAUUUGGAGAGAAGUGAGAUAGAGAGAGCUGUAAGAAGACUUAUGGUGGAUGAAGAAGGGAAAGAAAUGCGAAAGAGAGGCAAAAAUUUGAAAGAAAAAGUUGAAAUUUGCACUAGAGAUGGUGGUUCUUCCAACAAUUCCUUGAACAAGCUAAUAAAGAUUAUCAUGUCAUUUUGAUUUCA